GAUUCGAUUAAAAGUAUGGAGGAUAGUUUAGAAGAGAACAAUGGACAGCAGCAAUAUUAUUCCAUAACGCUGGGAGUGGGGCCUCUGUGGUGGUCCGAUGCGCCCCAUGCCGCAUUGUCUGUAUCUGCAGUCAACACAGAGAGCCGCGGUGUGGGGAUUAAGCAGAGUCAGCUCUCUGUGAGCUCACACAUUGUAUCAGAGGAAGAAUUGUUGAAAGCGGUAAAAAGAAACGAGUCACUUCGCCUCGCCUUUACUCUACAUUUGACAGAAACAACUUCUGUAGAAUGGGAAACAAUAAUCUGGCGUGGAACACUUUAUAUCCGGGUUCCAAGUUGUCUUCUACCAGAGGGUUCGAAAGAGGGAUUCGUUUCUCUUCUUGAAUACGCUGAAGAAACACUAAAUUGCAAAAAUGUUGUCAUUUGUCUACGUAAAGAUCGUACGGAUCGAGCAAUGCUGGUUCGUACCUUCAUGUUCUUGGGCUUUACAGUUUUGCCACCAAACCAUUCACUAGUACCACCAAAUUGCGAUCCGGGUAAUCUUUACAUGCUUUACACAGUCGACGAGUAAUUACCUUAAGUACUUUCUCAAGUUUAUUGUCACCAUUAAAUCAUAAUUUAAAAUUACAAUAUUCCUAAUCAAGAUAUAAACUUUAGUCGAUAAUUGCAACCAAUAAACUUGAGAAAAUAUUUAUUCUCGUCAGCAAGCAUUUGUGUUAAUUAAAAAAAUUAGAAAAUUGGUAAACAAAUGACAACUAAUUAAGUAAAUUAAAGUAAAGGGUUUAUAGUUAUAAAUGUAGUAAAACUUAUAUAAGUAUAACAAGUUUUAACAAUUCUUCUCGAUGAUACAUGAAAAAUGUGAUUUGUUAAAUCAAGCUCACAGAAACAUCAUUAUUAUUAUUAAAUCUCACACUAAAAUGGCUUAAGCGAUUCCAAAGGUGCCUCUUGUGACUUACUUAAUCAUCCGCCACCACGACGCCAAGAUAUCACGCGCCAAUAAUAAUAAUUACAGCUAUUUAUUUAUUGUUUAUUAAUGGUAAAUCUCAUUAUUAAUUUCGUGGCAUAUUGGGACACUCCUUCAAUUUAUUUAUAACUUUUAUUUUACCUCACAAAAUUUUUUUCAUCUCCGGGCAGAUUUAAAUUAUAAUUUUAUAUCACAGUAAUAUAUUCGACCGCGUACAUAAAUGUUAUAUAUGUGACACAAGUUUUUUUUAUUAUAUAUGUGACAUAUAGUUUUUAUGUGUGACACAUAUGUUACAUAUAUGGCAUAUAUGUUACAUGUGUUUCAUAUAUGUGACGCAUAUAUCACAUGUGACAUGUCUGACAUGUUAAGUAUGUGACAUAUAUGUUUUAUGUGUGAAACAUUUUAAAUAUGUGACAUAUAUGUUAUAUGUGUGGCAUAUAUGUGUGACACAACAAAUGUGACAUAUCUGACAUAUAUUGAGUAUGUGACAUAUAUGUUAUAUGUGUGACACAUAUAACAAAUGUGACAUAUCUGACAUGUUGAGUAUGUGACAUAUAUGUUAUAUGUGUGAAACAUUUUAUAUAUGUGACAUAUAUGUUCUAUGUGUGAAAUAUUUUAUAUGUGACAUAUAUGUUAUAUGUGUGACACAUAUAACAAAUGUGACAUAUCUGACAUGUUGAGUAUGUGACAUAUAUGUUAUAUGUGUGAAACAUUUUAUAUAUGUGACAUAUAUGUUAUAUGUGUGACACAUAACAAAUGUGACAUCUGACAUAUGUUGAGUAUGUGACAUAUAUGUUCUAUGUGUGAAAUAUUUUAUAUGUGACAUAUAUGUUAUAUGUGUGGCAUAUAUGUGUGACACAUAUAACAAAUGUGACAUAUCUGACAUGUUGAGUAUGUGACAUAUAUGUUAUAUGUGUGACACAUAACAAAUGUGACAUAUCUGACAUAUGUUUAGUAUGUGACAUAUAUGUUCUAUGUGUGAAAUAUUUUAUGUAUGUGACAUAUAUGUUCUAUGUGUGAAAUAUUUUACAUAUGUGACAUAUCUGACGUAUGUUGAGUAUGUGACAUAUAUGUUCUAUGUGUGAAAUAUUUUAUAUAUGUGACAUAUAUGUUAUAUGUGUGAAACAUAUGUUAUAAAUGUUACAUAUGUUAAAUAUGUGACGUAUAUUAUUAAUGUGACAUUCGUUUAGUAUGUGGCAUAAAUUUUAUAUGUGAAAUAUGUUAUAUAUGUAACACAUUAUAUAUGUUACCCUAUUUAAUAUCGACGUCUAAAAUAUCAGUUUCCUGUAAUUUUGUUGCGAAUAUUUUGUCCCCAGAUAAAAAUUAAAAUUAAUUAAUUAAUUACUUGCUUUUAGUGAAUCCCAAUAAAUUAAUUACUGAGAAUUAGCAUUAAUAAAGGCGGUUUCUGUGUUGACUCAUGCAGAUACUUGAAGUAAUGAUAAAAAAUAUGAUAUAUAUAUGAUAAAAAAUUUUAAAAAAUCUAAAAAAAAAUUACAAAAAAAAAUU